AUGUUUCAUGCGAAGAAGCCGUACUCGGCGGUCACCGUCACCGUCGAGAACCUCACCUCCGAGUCCUACCCCGAAGACGACCUCAGCGGAAUCCCCGACCUCGUCGAAGUCAUCAAGCUCCAGGCUUCUGGUCCGACCGAAGCAGCACGCGCGAUCCGCAAGAAGCUCAAGUAUGGUAAUGUGCAUCGACAAAUUCGAGCGCUCGUUCUCCUCGACGGACUGAUUCAGAAUGCGGGAUCGCAGUUUCAGCGUGCCUUUGCAGAUGAGCCGCUGCUGGAACGACUGCGUGUGUGUGGCUCGUCGGAUUUAUCUGACCCGGCAGUGAAGAAGAAGUGCGGAGAGCUGUUUCGGGAGUGGUCGCAGUAUGCGAGUGUUCCGGGGUUGGAGAGAGUUGCUCGGUUGUACAAGGAACUGCCCAAGCGUAAAGUCGCCGUGACGCGGGAAAAGAGCAAGGUUAUUCAGGAGACGGAGAAUCCGUUUGGCGACGAUGAGGAAGAAGAGGCGGAGAGAGCGAGCGAGCAGAGGAGACAGGGUGCUGCCGGGCCAUCUGACCGAUUCAGUAUGAGCAGCGCAAUCGACAACCAUGGCGUCAUGAUGCCACCUGAUUUGGACUCGAAAAAACACAAGAAGAGUAAAUCCAAGUCCAAGAGCAAAGGGGGCCGCAAAUUCGAUCUCGAGGCCGAGAAGGAGAAGAUGAAGUCUGUGAUUGCGGAGUCGUCCAUAGCGUCGACUGGGUUGAUGAACUCCCUGCAAAGUAUUAAUCGUGAGAAGGAGCGGAUUUCAGAGAAUCGAGUCGCGACGCAGAAUUUCGAGGCGUGCAAGCAGCUCCGACGUAGAAUAUUACGAUAUAUUCAUCAAGUGGAAAGCGAGCAAUAUCUGGGCAGUCUUCUCCACGCCAACGACGAACUUGUACACGCUCUCAUGGCAUACGAACAGCUCGAUCACUCAAUCGAGGCGGAUAGCGAUUCUGACGAUGAAUUGGCAGAGCAAGCGCACAUGUACCGAAUGAUUACGCAGAAGGCGCAAGAGGAACGGACAGCAGCUGGAAAUGCGCCCGAUAUUUCGGGGCUGUCGUUGCAGAGUGCGCCCAAAGUUCCGCCGACUAGACCUCCUCGUCCUGCAGCGCCGGUGAGAAAGGCAUCUAGUGUGACUAGUGAGGAGGAAGAUGACGAUGAUGAUAAUCCGUUUGGAGAUAAGAAUGUGAUUUCUACGCCGGCUGCGGAGAGGGCAGAGCCACAUUGGUAG